CGGCUGUGGAGCAACGUCGAGCGCGGCGACGAUGGGUUGCGACGCCGCGCCGGAUCGCUCGGCGCGUCCGUGGCGCUCGUCGCGGGGACGACGCUCGGCGCGGGCAUGCUCGCGCUACCGCUCGUCUUGCGCGACGCGGGCUUCGUGCCGAGCACGGUCGUCAUCGUCGCCUGCUGGGUCUUCUUCGCCGCGACCGGGCUGUGCGUGCUGGAAGUAAACCUCGGGACGAUGUGCGAGCUCGGACGGGGCGGCGGGGUGUCGGUGAAUGCGAUGUGUCGAAGGACGCUCGGCGACGCCGGCGUAAACGCGGCGACGGCGUCGUUCGCGUUCAUCCACUACGCGUUACUCGUGGCGUACGUGCAAAAGGUCGGGGAGCUCGCGGUUGAGAUUUGGCCGCAGGUGCCAGGAGGGGCGAACGCGGCGUCGGUGGCGUACGCGACGGCGAUGUCGACAUUUUUGUACCUCGCCUCGCCGGCGAAAAUCGAACGGUUCAACUCGGCGCUCUUCGCGGGCGUCGUCGGGACGUUUGUACCGCUGUUGCUGCUCGCCGCGAGGAGCGAAACGACUUCAGUGGAUAAUCUGCUCGCCGUGUCGGAUUGGAGCGCGGCGCCGGCGACGAUUCCAAUCGUCGCCGUGGCGUUCGUGUAUCACCAAGUCGUUCCAGUCGUGGCGACUUCGUUGGAGGGCGACAGGAAGCGCGCCACGACGGCCGUGCUCGCGGGCACGGCGAUACCGGCGUUGAUGUUCAUCUUGUGGGACGCCGCCGUGCUCGGAAGCGUCGACGCGGGGGCGAUCGAUGUCGACCCUAUCGGCGCUCUGCAAGCGUCUUCGCCGUUGACGGCGGCGCUCGUUCGUGGGUUCGAAUUCUUCGCCGUAUCGACGUCUUUCUUGGGAUUCGGAUGGGGUCUCGCGGAUUUCCUCGCGGACGGCAUGAAGACGACUGAUAUUCACGAUCCGCGGCCGUGGGCCUUGGCGCUCGUGCCUCCCGUGAUUUUCGCGCUCGCGUGCCCGGGCGUCUUCCUAGCCGCGCUCGACAGCGCGGGCGCUUUCGGGGUUUUAGUCGUGUUCGGUAUGAUUCCACCCGCGAUGGUGUAUAGACACAGGCAAAUGCGAGACGAGUGUGCGCUCGAGAACGACCCAGUGGGGUGCUUGCCGGUAUUAGAUCCGGUGCUUCCGGGCGGUGCGCUCACGCUAGCGCUCAUGUUCGCGUUCGCAGCGAGCGAGGUCGGUUCGGAGACCAUC